AUGUCAACUACCUAUUUCUUCACUGUUAUUUACCUCCCAGAUAUGGAGCUUCUUUUUAAGUAUUUUGGGGGUCACCUGGAGAAUGCCAAUGAAAACAAAGGAGUUAUGGCCAUCGGACUGGGAAUUUUCCCACAUAUUUACCUUACAGAAAUAAUUGCAUCAAUGUUUGUGGAAUCUACUUCAGAUCAGAUGGUUUUACCUCACCGGAACAAAGAUUUUAGAUAUGGAGGUGAAGUAUACACUGUUACCUGCAGCCCAACAGAUGCUAGUUUGGUGGCAACCGGUGGUGGAGAUGAUACAGUAUUUAUGUGGAAGAUUGGGCAAGGCGAUUUUGCUUUUGAGUUGCAAGGUUAUGGAGAUUCUGUAUCUAGUUUGGCUUUUAGUACUGAUGGUCAGUUGCUUGCUUCUGGGAGCCUUGAUGGGCUUAUAAGAGUAUGGGACAUAACUUCAGGUAGUCCGACAGGCACACUUGAAGGUCCUGAAAUGGGAAUAGAGUGGGUCAGGUGGCAUCCGAGAGGACAUGUGGUAUUGGCAGGUUCAGAGGAUUCUUCUGUUUGGAUGUGGAAUACUGAUAGCAGUGCUUUUAUGAACACGUUUUUAGGUCAUGCUGGUAGUGUAACGUGUGGUGGUUUCACUCCUGAUGGUAAAUUAAUCUGUACUGGGUCCGAUGAUGCGACCCUGAGGAUAUGGGACCCAAAAAGUGCACAAAGUAUCCAUGUUGUAAGAGGUCAGCCGUAUCACACAGAAGGAUUGACAUGCUUGACAAUCAGCUUAGAUUCAACUCUUGCUCUCACAGGCUCGAAGGAUGGUUCGGCUCACAUUGUGAAUAUAAUUACUGGAAAGGUUGUCACUUCUCUGAGUGUUCAUACAGAUUCGAUAGAAUGUGCUGAAAUGACUCUCGGCGCUCCUUGGGCUGCAACUGGAGGCAUGGAUAAUAAGCUUGUUAUCUGGGAUUUGCAACAAUACUUACCUCGCUCCAUAUGUGAACAUGAGGAGGGCGUGACAUGCUUAUUGUGGUUGGGACAAUGUAGAUAUGUGGCAACGGGUUGUGUUGAUGGGCAAGUGCGGAUAUGGGAUAGCCGUUCUGGAGAAUGUGUGAAGACCUUUAAUGGACACACUGAAGCAAUUCAGUCUUUAGCUGCAUCGUCCAAUGGGGAGUACCUCGUUUCUGUCUCUAUGGAUAAAACAGCACGAGUAUUUGAGAUCUCGGAGUUGAACUAA